CCUCUUUUGCAUCGGACAUAAAAUGACAUGUUUGCUUUGUCAACGACAACCGAGUCAGACAGUCGUUUGCCCGUGGUGCUAGCCAGCAACAACCGCCUGAAUGUAGAUCCGCAUGGGCUAUUUUCUCUCUCCAAAUAACCCAGCGGAAAAGUAAGAUAAGGAUCCCAGGAUGGUUUUAGUGCAUGUCGGAUAUCUGGUUCUUCCCGUAUUCGGCUCAGUAAGAAAUAGAGUAUCGAGGCUGGCUCUACAUUCUGCAUUUAUCAGAUCUUUGUCGUCCCCCCCAUUGUGUAGCUAAUGAUCAUCUGCUGCUGUGUGGUGUGGCGUGGCCUCUGCCUGUUCUCUGCAUUUAGCUGUAUUGUGAAUCCCUUCUUCAUUUCCUCUUUCCAUCAGAAGACGACAUUGGUAUUAAAAAGCACCCCCCUCCCAAGAUGUAUUCAGCCGUAGACUUUCCAUGUAAACCAGACUAAAAAAAAAAAAAAGCUAACACCUAGAGCAGAGCACCUUUUGUCUUUUUUUCUGUCAAAUUGCUGUAGCACUGAGUAAAACAUUUUAGCUCCUUUUUUAGAUAUCAGUUGAAUGUCAUUGUGUACCUCCCAUCCAGUCUUGAUAGACAACAUGCUGUAAAUUCCUGUAAAGUGGAUACAUUUUGCAUGAUCUCAAAUACUGCACUGCAUUGUUGAACACCAGAAUUUGGCUCAUCUUCCUUCUCUUCACACAAGGUGCAAUGUACAUAAUUGAAAAUGAUAUUCAAUUAAAAACAAAAAACAAAACAGAAAAAAACAAGCAUGCAGUUUGGAGUCAUAUGCAUGCCAUUUUUCUAUUGUGAAGCUUAAACUUCAGCAUUCCAGUAAAUGCUGUCAUGUGAUCAACUUGAAAAUGAUUGAAGGUACACUGCACCUGCACACAACAGCCUGCCAUAACUGUCUCCAUUUUUGUGUAAUCCUUUGUUCCCCUUGCAAAUUUCAAGCUUUGAAACACACUGAAUUGUCAGGGCAGUUUGCCCUCUCCUCGGGCAAAACAAAACUGUAACGAUAAGUAAGCAAAACAUGCUCACUGGUGGUUCAUCACUUCCCAAUUUCCCCCACUAACAUAAGGCCAAAAUGCUAUCCAUUUCACAGGGAUGCCUAUUUCCUGCACUGCUAAAGAGAUCCUCUAUUAGUAAUAACGUCUUUAUUGUUUGGUUGUGGUCUCUCUUUACCUUUUGUUCUGGUAAUAGUACUUUCAAUGCAUGGUCACAUUUAUGAUUCAUAAUUUUUGUUUUUUUGUUUUAUACAUUGACUAGUGAAAAUCCAAUGUAAUCUUUCUGUAGUAAAGAUGUACCCUGCUGUACUGGAAUCAUGUGCUGUAGCCAACACGUCUGCUCAUUGGAUGCCGCUUUUGUUCUUUUUAACCCUAUAUGGAGCAUGGUGGGCCUUGCCUUCAGUCUAUGUUGUUUAUUUUUGUUGCAUGGAAUUAUACUAUUACAAACAAACAAAAAAGAAAACACAAAUUCCACAUAUACUAAUAUUUUUCAAUAAAGAAUAUAGUGUUUUUCCUAACCUUCAGUGUGCUUCUUGCUGAUUUCCAUUUAUUGUCCUCCCUCUCCCUUGUCCCUACCUGCCCCCCCUCCACCCCACCCACCUCCUCUCCCGCUGUGACAAAGAUAGACGAUUUCCACGCUUCCUUCAUCACAGGGCCUGAAUGAGUCUAUCUGCUGUCAUUCAUGGUGAUCGUUUCACUGAGACGCUUGAAAAUGCAGUGUGCUACUUUGCAGUCUAGACUAGAGCCUUUGACCCAGGGCAGCAAGGUCAUCCCUUGUCUGCACGACUGUACUGACAGGCUGUCAAGCCAGAAAUCUUGCUGAAAAGUCUAUUUUAACUAAACACGUUGUGUAGCUUUCCGGGUGUGUUGCAACAAUGCUGCAUUUUUCAAGCGUACUCCUAGUAAAUGCAAUGUAGAUUUUUGCCUAUUUCCUCAUGAUUUUUGAAGAUUUCCACUGUUUCCAUCAGAAUUCGUCAUGUGUCUUUUACACUGUCAAAGCAAAUUAAAAUCAAGCUGCAAUGGAAUUCUGCAUCUUCUACGUGGAUUGCGGUCUUACUCUCUUUGAAAUUUGAAGUCCUCUGCAAAAUUUGCAUCUUCGGGUUAUGUCACAGGGACAUAACAGUCACAUAGUGACAGUGCAUCAAAUCAUAUUCCUUUGCAGCCUUAAUGUGGUUCGCCUUUGCCAGGGUUUUCUAUAAACACCCUAAUCAAAGCUAAAUUUGCUGUUGCAAUUUCUCAGUCGUGUUCAAAAAGGUCUUUGUCAGUCGAAGCACAGUAUUAAAAACAUAUUGCACCACAGUACAAGCAGGGCUGUAUUUUUCUCCCCGUUGAUCCUCGACAGCAGUUAGUUUACUGCAGCUGCCAAAUAGCUGUGGUUGGGGAGAGCAAAAAAGGCAAGGAAAUGGCAUGAAAUGCAUUCAAGCUAUUUCCUCUUUAACUCCUGAAUGUUCAUAUGGGACAGAAUUAAGUAGACGUAUACUGUUUGUUUGAAAUGGAUAACAGACUUGGGUGAGGCAUAGAUAGAAUAAUGAACAAUUUAAAAUUCAUGAAUGUUUUCAUGUUUUCAAGAUCCAGUCAGGGAAUUGUUCCAUAAAAUCUACUACAUAGACUUGGAAUCUUAAAAAAAUAAAAUGUAUAUUUAAAUUACAGCUGAUAAUGGUUUUCACCCGAUACAAUGGCUCACUGUCAGCUGCAGAAUUUACAAGAUCUGAGCUGCGUUGAAGAUCAUGCAUUGGUAGUUACAGAAAUCGUCUGUUCUGGUCCAGUCCAGUCUGUGAAUCAGAAGAAAUGGAGUGACAAUCGAACCACAAGGUCGGAAAAGAGGUCAAAGAAUGUUUAACCAUAUUUGGAAAGCUUUUUGUACAGAACUAAGAAUGGUAUUAAUUUUCAUGGUACUUGUGGUAAUCAUCAUUUUCCCCACCCCACAGAAGUAUUUUUCACCAUAGGUAAGAGAUAGGGAUUCAUUAAGAUGCUAUAUCACACACACAGUGACACCACAUUUCACCCACAAUUAAUUCCAGCUAAUCUCUUCCCUCAGCUGGCUGACAAGCUCUCCUUAUCCUCCACAGGAUCCCAUUUCAACCGGCAACAGCAACAGCAGCAGCAGCAGCACAGCCAUGCUACCUCUUGCCGGCACUUCCAGUUAGGUCCUCAGGCCCCGCUGCCCAUGGACUUCCCCAUGCCCCACCCAGGGCAGCCCCAGUCAGGCAUUAACCCCCACCUGGCCCCUCCCAGCCAUCAGCAUGGCCCCCCGCUCCACCCGCCCCUCAACCCCCUGCCCACUCCCCAGUUCCAGGACAUCCCCGCCCCUCCCUUCCUACCUCAGGCAUUACACCAGCAAUACCUCCUCCAGCAGCAGAUCCUUGAGGCCCAGCACCGACACAUCCUGCCACCCUCCAGCAGACGCACCCCAGAGAGAGUUCCUCACCAGCCCCACAGACUGCGGCCCGGGUAUGAGUUUGCUCCCCCUCUCCAUGUCCCUCCUCAGCCUGUGGUCCAGCAGCCCCGCUAUCUGGCUGAGGGCACAGAUUGGGAUUUGAGUGUGGAUGCCGGGCUGCCCCCCCACCAGUACCACAUCCAUCCACUACCGCAGCACUAUCAGCACUACUUGACCUCUCCCAGGAUGCACCACUUCCCCCGAAACAAUGCCUCAACGCAAGUGGUUGUCCAUGAGAUCAGAAACUACCCAUAUCCCCAGUUGCACUUGCUGGCUCUGCAGAGUCUCAACCCCUCCCGCCACGCAUCUGCUGUUAGAGAGAGCUACGAGGAGCUUCUGCAGCUGGAGGACAGACUGGGCAGUGUGAACCGUGGUGCAGUCCAGACCACCAUAGAGAGAUUCACUUUCCCUCAUAAGUACAAGAAGAGAAUACCCCAGGACCUGAAAAUGUGUCUGGAUGAUGAAGAGCUGGACACAGAUGAGAAGUGUACCAUCUGUCUGUCAAUGCUGGAGGAUGGAGAGGAUGUCAGGAGAUUACCCUGCAUGCACCUCUUCCACCAAGCGUGUGUGGAUCAGUGGCUGGCCACCAGCAGGAAAUGCCCCAUAUGUAGAGUGGACAUUGAGACCCAGCUGACACCAGACAGUUGAUGCCUCCUGUCGACUCUCGCAGCUUUGGAUCUGGUCUUGUAAUUCUCCAUUGCCUCCCCUGGGGAAGCUCUGCCAAACAUCCCACUUCCCCUCUGCAUCACUUAUCGAGCCUGCCUUCUGAGCCAGCCGAAGAAGACAACCAAUGUGACAGAGGGAUCAACGAAGCACACGCACACACAACACAGCGAGGAAUGGGUCGAUGCAUAGAUAGGUGGCUGGAUUCAUGGUUGAUUGGAUGGAUUGGAUGUAAAAGGUAGGAGGGGAAAGGUUUGAACAGAUGUGCUGAGGCUUCCCAUGAUUCUCUGUCAGAUUGUGCACCCUGUGUACAUUUCUCCAUAAAGCUACCCAGAGAGACGACUCCAACCACCGACCUCCCCGGCUUGUCUGUUUUACGGCCGUUUCUGCGCCACUACAUUUCAACCCCACCCCAGGCCUGUGAAAAAUCCUUUAAGCUGCACUCUACCCAAGCCCUCAGCACAUCUGUACAGAACAUUAUCAAAUGAUUAGCAUGAGGUUGUUUGGUGUGAACUCUUGUAGCUGAAUGCUUGUGGUGUAAUGGAGUAUAGUACUGAAUAAGUAUUUACAGAGUAACAGUGUUGUGUAGCAAGCAAAAGCCUUUGCUUUGAGAAAUAAUGUUUGUGAAAAAUAAAACCACAGAGGGGGGGCAAAUACAACUCUAAAGUGACAAUUUUUGGUAUGUUAAGUCUUCUUAGGCACUGAGGACGGAGCUAGUUGUGUAAAAAGGCCAAAAAUCCCUCUUUCUCGUCUAACAUGGUUUUCGAUUUACAGUUAGUAGAUGCCAUCAGAGUUGAUGCUAAAACCGCUAACUGCAGGCAUGGCUUCCAGUGAUCUGUGUAGUGUCGUAGUUGGGCCUCUUUAACCUAGAGCAGAGGCCUCAGAUGUGCAUGCUGUAUGGCAGGCUUGGGCUGUGUUGUUAUUGUGGAGCAGUAGAAACAGGGAUUGUGUCUGUGCAUGUGAACCGUAUACUAUGACUCUGACGAUCCCACUCAUCCAUAGAGGAGGACGAGAAUGCACCUAAGACUCCCCCCUCCCCACUCAUCCUGAGAAGACCAAAGUUGCCCUUAGACACCGAUCUAAGACCCAUGUAGCAUUUCUCUCCUAAUGGCUGAGGUUAGGAUUCAAAGAGCUGCUGCUAAGUAGGUCUGUGUCUAACAGCAACUCCUCUCUCUUGCCUCGUUCACGGCAUGAUCACGAGAGACCGGCAUGGGCUUGAGGAUGCAGUGCCUGAGUCUUGCCAUUAGAGUGAAUAAAGUAUGACAUUUGUAUUACCUAUUACCAGAACCUUAUUGCCUAUCGAACAAGCACAUGUGAUUUCUAUAUAAAGUAAAUCGCCUCGGUUGUGUAUUGGCUCCGUUCAUUUCAAUCUAAGUUGUUCCUAUUGUUUGAUAAAAGACUGUGUCUGGUGUUACAGGGAAAAGACAAACUAGUUUGCCUAUGAUACGUGCUAGAAUGUGUAUGAUUGUCUCCCCCCCCAUGGUAGUAGUGUAUGGUAUUGCUAGAACGACCAUAAUAUGUUCAGUGAUAGAAGCCGUUUUCUCUAUAUCAUGCAUGAACCAUGUCAGCGUAGUUCACUUGGAGGAGGGUGAAAGGGAGAAAAAGCCAUCCAUUUAAAAAAAUACCAAACAAUUAUUCUUAACAUUAAGUUUGAAUUUUCUUUUGAUUGUCUCUUUAUUCCAUUUGUUGUUUUUUUUGUUUUGUUUUUUUUUAUUACUUGUAAUUUGAUUUUUGCUCACAUGCCAAUUUGGACAAGGCGUUUACGCCGAGUCCUUGUCCAUUUUUACCAUAUUGAAGAAAAAGCUGCAAUGCUGCAAAAACAUAUUUAUUGUUGUUAUAAUGUAGCUUGUGUUUUGUAAAUGCACUAUAAUAUGGAGUUGCCUGAUUUUGGUUUGGUGGUGUGGGGUCUCCUUGUCCUAGAUUAUGUGUUUGUAUUCAGUUACAAGUAUCUUCAUGCUUCCUUGUGUACUAUUGGAGGGUAACUUGACUGUUUGUGUUGCGUUUUUAUUUUUCCUUUUUUUGUAUGAAACCUCCAUCCAAAAAAAAAAACAACAAAACAAAACAACAAAAAACUACAGACGGAUGAAAAUGGAGGGUUGCUAGUUCACAUAGAAUGCUGUGAUUAAAGAUGCCUUAAGUAUUUAACAAUCAUUAUUUAUUACUAACUGUAGCUAGCUAGCUAUUGUGGUGGAAUAUUUAAUGUCUCUAUCUCAUAACUUUGCAAUUUAAUCAAAAUAUUUAUUUAGAAAUAACACAAAAUAUUAAAAAAAGAAUACCUCAUUAUGCAUUGGUCGGUGGGGAUGCUUUUGCAUGCCAUCUGUGUUUUCUUUUUCAAAGGAGAAAAAAAAAGAAACUAGUUGAAAAUUGACUAGGGGUGUUCCAAACACUAUUUCUAGCCAGCAUGGUGCUGUUGAUCUGGAUUACAUUCCAUCCAUGCCAUUUCUUUCUUUCUUCUUCUUCUUCUUCUUUUUUUUUUUUUAUUCCCCCCAAUUUCAUUCAUCUUUUCGGUUAUAUUCGCUUGGUCUUGCGGGUAAACCCGAUCAAGCAGAUGUUUGGGCACACAGCCCCUUUGUCUUAGCAUGGCUCCACAAUUAGCUUGCUUUUGAAAUAUGAUACAGCUUUGAGUUUCCCAUAAUUAAUCAUAUAUGAGUCAAAGGUUAUUUUUAAUUUGUUGCUUAUGUUUUGAUUUGACCAUGUUCAUGAUAUUCCAUCAUAUCUGGAUCUCAAUUUAAUGCUUAUUUUAGGACCCACAUAUAUGAACUGUAUUUUUUUGGUAGUAUGUAUUGCUGGCAAUUGCUAUGUUUGUGUGGGGUGUGGGAGGUAGCUAACAUGCUAACUUGAGCUAUUGAUCUUAUUGAGCAAAUUUCUGGUGUAUUACUGUGGUUAUACAAUAUUGAUAGCGUGUUUUACACCUGAGUAUAAUAAGCUAACCACAUUUUUGGUGUGCAUUUCUUAAUAAUCUACUAAUCCUGCAAAUUAUGAUAACAUUUAUUGGAUUGGAAUGAAGCUGGCUGGUCUUACUAUUAUUUCAUUUCGUGCUCUCACUGGCCUUACCCAUGCCCUCCACAGUGUACCCCAUUACUCCAGAGCGAACUGGACAGUAGCCAUAGUAUUAACUCAAGCUGGUGAACCGGAAUGAACAGUAGAACUUAAAGCACAAGCUUUUUAAUGCAUGUCCUUCUCAGGUUUUCCUAUGUGUACGUGGGAGUAGCUCUGUAGAUGUGUUUAAUAUGAUGCUGUACCUUCUUGAAUAUUUCAGAUGUUUCUUUGCUGCUGAAAAAAUGUUGAUUAUUAACCUGCCAGUGAAAAAGGGAAGUGGCCAUCUUUGUACAACACACUGCUGUUUUGCUGUAACCGCGCAAUGUUUUAUGAUCUUGAGUAUUUUAUAGAAAAGUAGAAGUAUGUAUCAAUAAUAUGAAAGCAAUAGCUAAAUCAUAAUGAAGAAUAACAUGAUCAGUGAAUAUUGUGGAAAAUCUUUAGAUUCACUCUGGGUGGAUUUUGUACUGUAUUUAUUACUAAUGAUGAUGCAAAAAGUUGCAUAGCUUAACCCAAACUGUUCUGUCUCCUUUUUUAUUUAUUGUCUUGUAUAUGAUCUUUUUGUAUGUGUUUUUCAAAUAAACUGCCUAAAAUGCUGAGGACACAUCUAA